AUGGAUGUACAGCCUGGACGCUGCUGGCGUUGUGAGAGGGUUCUCCCUCAACAUUCAGUGCCCUGCGAGUUUUGCAGGAUAGCAAAGUACUGCAGCACGCCAUGCCGAAACAAGGACAAAGUCAGACACGGAAGUGUGGAGUGCCACCUUUAUGGGGACAACAAAUGUGACACAUGUGGGAGGACAGCUCCAAAUAUCUUCAGUGAGUGUGCAAGUUGCAAUGAUGCAUGGUACUGCAAUAAGGGGUGUCAGCGGAGACACUGGCCAGCCCAUAAAGAGUUAUGCAAAAAAGUCAAGGAAAUCGUGACAAAACUGUCUGCUGAUCUAACAAAAAGAAACUCUAAAUUAGCAUGUAAUACAAGGGUAGCUGACUCAAGUCACUAUUUUGGGAACACUAUGGCCAAAGACUUCCUUAAACUUGCCAAUAAUGAGUUGUCUGGUGAGACGACAGCUGAACAGUUGACCAGGGAUUUCCAUGUCUUAUCUGCUGGAUGCGGAGAUUUACGCAGCACAGUUUUGACGGCUGCUUCCCUCCCUGAUGAGUACCAGGGGAAACUUCACAUAACUCUUAACGAUUUUGACCCUUUUGUCAUGGCAAGGAAUGUGCUGUUUCUCUUCAUGUUGGUCCGCUUCGCAGACACUGACUACAUUGCUUCCAGUUUGACAACCAUCUGGUACUCACUCCAUAUUUCCAAGAGAGAGUACGACUUGAUCAAGACAAGCUUGGAUGAACUCAUUCAGAUGAGUGCUCAACAACUCAGUCAUUCCACAAGAGGACUGGUGACUGUCCAGGAUGAAGAUCUUAGGGAUCUGUGUCAGGUUUGGGAAAGAUGGCAAUCACUGGAAUGUCAAAGAGACAAGAAAACCUCAAUCAAUCUAAGAAAGCAAAGAGAGAAAGUGUUUGAGCCAUAUCUUGUGAAAGGUGUAUCAGCUUACCUAGCACGUCUAUCGCCUGAAGACCAGAAGGCCAACAAGGAGUGGUUUGACCAUGCUUUGUUUGUCCCAACUCAAACGGUGAAAAUUGAAACUUUGCCAUUUGACAACCCGACACUAACUGGACGCGGUGCACACUUUGAAAAUGUUUGUUAUGUAACAGCCCCAGUAGAUUGUGAAUUUGUGUACUGCAUCAAGGAGUCAUCAUUUCCUUUUGCAGUGUGGGACUGUUUGAGAGUAAGAGAGAACACCCCUGGAUCCCACUCCUCUCCGAUGGUGAUGUACCACAAGUACGUGACAAACCUCCUCCAGAAAGUCAAGAGUCUCAUCCUUCAAGGAAGGCUCCUUAUCCACGUCUCCUUGGCCAACUGUCUGGCCUUUCCGAAAAAUCACCAUCAAACCUUGAGCAUGCCCAACUAUGACCGAAUCUUCACUUCAAACCUUGCUGACUAUGUUGGAUUCGCUAAACUCCUACAGACAUUCAAGCCACUGCUUGAUGCCAGCAACAGCUACUCAGCUAUUGUCACUGAGAGUAUGAACUGGAUUGAGACAGUACCAGGAGCAAACAUUACAUCACCUGAUUCCAGUAUGUUUGAGAGAUCUAAAGAUUUGUGUAUUCAAGACACCGGAACAUAUACCGAUGGCUUAAAUCCCGUACGAGAGUAUUACGACAAUACCAUCUGCUUUCUGAUGUAUCUCCGAGCAGAUUUCAUGGCAGGGGGACUAGGCAUACCACCACGCGAGGAAGUACCAUCAUUUGAGAGUGUCAAGAAAUAUCACGGCCUCCGAAUGCGUGACUUCCGGAAAGGACUGAACAAACUGGUGCCAUUCCAGUAUCGAGUGAAUGCAAGGGACCUCACCAUGCUGAAUGGCUACGACAGAGCUGUAGAGUGGUAUCUGCCUCAAAGUGAUGCUUAACUUUUCUGA